CGACGCCCGCACUGGCGGGUCGUCAGUGUCGUCGUCGCCUUGGGCUGAACUCGAGUCGAUUCGACAAUCACGUCGCAGUCGAAAAUCAGGCCGUUUCACCCAUAUGCCUCACGGCAUUUCUACUUUGAACAAUUCUUUAGGCUUUUAAUCGAUGAUAUCCACGUACUAGUACAAUCCGGUCCACUCUGACUCGAGGUUAUGCAACACAUCAUCCGACUUUCACGAUGAGAUCCUUGGCCGACGCCAGAUUUCGAUGGGAGCAAACGUUCAAGGAGGGAUCCAGCAUCGCCGAGCUGCAGCGCGCUGUCAAGUUCAACGGUCCCAACAGCCCAUGCGCGCUUGGUCUGCGGUCUAUCUGCUGGAAGGCCUUCCUGCUCUGGAGGAACGCGCCCAGCGAGCAAUGGCUUGAGCUGGCGCGGAAGAGUCGCGCUUCAUACAUUGACCUCUGCGACCAACAUCUCAGGUUUAUCAGGCAUCCCGAGCAGCUUGCCGCCCUCACAGUCGACCCCCUUGCCGACGACCCGGACUCCCCCUGGAACGCCGUGCGCAGGGACGAGGCUGUCCGCGCCGAGAUCCUGCAAGAUGUUCGCAGGCUGCCCGACGAGCCCUUUUAUCACGAGGAGCCCGUGCAAACCAUGAUACUUGACAUUCUGUUCCUCUACUGCAAGCUGAAUCCCGGCAUCGGCGGCUAUCGCCAGGGCAUGCACGAGCUAUUAGCCCCUAUCGUUUGGGUCGUCGCCCAGGACGCCGUUGAUCCGGCAACGAGUACGACAGAUGAUCCGGUCGACGCCAUGAUUGCUGAGAUGCUAGAUCCAGCCUUCGUCGAGCACGACGCAUUUGCGCUCUUUUCCAAGCUCAUGGAGAGCGCCGGCCCUUUUUACGACGCUGAAAGCGAUGCCGCAUCAGAUGGGCAGCAGAAAAGCACCAUUAUUGAGCGGAGCAAGUACAUCCACGAAGUCGCUCUGAUGAGAGUCGACGAGGAACUCGCGACCCAUCUGCGGAAUAUCGAAGUCCUACCUCAGAUAUUUCUCAUUCGGUGGAUUCGACUCUUGUUUGGCAGGGAAUUCGAUUUUGUGCCAUUGUUGAUCCUCUGGGACACGCUGUUCGCGUACGAUCCUACAUUAGAGCUGAUAGACCUCAUUUGUGUCGCCAUGCUUCUCAGAAUCCGAUGGACUUUGCUCGGGGCUGAUUAUUCCGCUGCGCUGCAACUCAUGCUGAAGUAUCCAGCGCCUGCGCCCCCGCAUGGUCCACAUACGUUCGUCGACGACGCCAUGUAUCUCAGGGAUCAUCUCGACGCUGCUGGGGGUGUGACUUUGAUCUUCAAGUAUACCGGCAAGAGCCCGGCGAAAACAUCAGUCACGUCGCCAGCGCCGUCACGCAUUCCAACGCCAUCCUUCCAGAAAUUCAACAGCUUACGACAACGGACGCUCGGUGCGAGGACUCCGCUGUCGACCUCGGCAAGAAUCCUGCAGCAGCCGGGCGGUGUCGAGGCACUGUUGCAGGGUGCCGCCAAAAACAUGAUAGAGAGGGGAGAGAAGCUCGGUAUUAACCGAGCAGUACGUGAUGCCGUGGGAGAGUUUCGCCGCAACAUACAAGGCUUUCAGGAAUCUCGCAGUCCGAGCAGGUCGAGCCGCGGCCUGUUCGGCGAAAAUAGCCCACCGUCACCGGACCACUCACUGACAAUCAAGUUGAUGGAGAAGAGAAAUGCCCGGUUGGCCGCCAUGCUGGAAGAGUCGGUCACAAAUCUCAAGUUCCUGGCCUCCUCUGGUCUUGAGGGUGAAAAGGAGAAGCAUCUCGAAACGAUUGAGGUUGCCGCAGCCAAGAUUCAAUUCGUGAAGGCUUGCCUGGAAGAUGCGACGCUUGCUCUUCCCGAAGAAGACCUUCCCGCCAUCAACACACUCACAAUAUCGAGCCCAACCGAGGUCAGCCCACCGACGGUUGCGCUCGACACCACUCCAGUCGUCAUGACCUCGUCUGCCGUGGAGGAGACUAGGACGGCAUUAUCAACACCAGAAUCCAAUAAGGUCUCGAUCGCCUCACCGCCAAACGACUCACGGGUCGUGCCGCCGGUUCCUCAGGCCGACGAGAUGGACACCGACCGCCACCACGACGAGGAGGAGGACACGCUACCGCCUCUGAAAUCAGAGAUCACCAACUCACCACCACCGCCACCAUCACCGCUUCCUGUGGCCGAAGUCCUUCCGGACAGCCCGCCUGCCUCUACCCCAAUACAACCACAGUCUAAUGGCGCCAUACCGACACGAUCUACCCUCGCCCAGUCAUCGUUCGCAUGGAUGCUCGAGCCAGACACAACCGCUUCGUCCCCACGGCCCCAUUCCGCCUCCUUCUCGUCCGUCCGUCCGCCGAAAAUCACCGGUGGCGUCACUCAGAGAAAACGGGUCAACUCGAGUAGGGAGCGCAAUGCUUUCCUCUUUGGCGAGGUAACCACGGCUGAUGGCGCCGUGAUCGGCGAUGGCGCGCCGCUCUCCGCUGAUCACAUCUUUGGGCUGCAGCCCAUUCGGAAGGCGGGAUGAGCCAAUACGUAGAAAAACACGUUGUGGUAUUGGUUCCGAGCUGCUGGCAGCUUUUGGAAUUUA